AUGUCGUCCUCGACACCCAACGCCGCGGCAGCGGGUGCACCACCUCCCACACGACCCACAACAGGUCGUAAACGAGCCCCUUCCUUCUCCGAAGCUAUCGCACAAGUACCUCAGAACGCCAAUGCUCAAGACGAAACAGCAGACCCCGUUGUAGCAGAUCGCAUCGCUGCAGCUGCCGCAAAAGCUGCUGCCAAUGCAACCACGGAUCCUGUUGCUGCUUCCACCUCCACCACUAUCUCUGCCAAGCAAGUUGGUUCGCAUUCGCGUACACCAAGCCAACAACGCGAAGAUGACGAAAUUUACCGUUCUCAAGGUCUUUUCAAAGACAUCCUUACCUUCCGUUGGAUGACUGCUCCUUCUUCGUCUUUACAGCUGGCGGUAAUUUUUGUGCUGGCGUAUUUCAACUGGAACUUCUUCAUCGGCACUCACGAGAACAAUCCCAUUGCACCUUUCCUUAUGCUGUCACACCGGGUACCCCAAUCAGAAGUCAUCUUGGAUUCUCUUCCACCUAAGGAUAACAUCCAGCGCACGCUCCAAAAUCUGAUCCCUAGGUCAGCAGAAAGCUUCGAAGCAAGAUACCAGAAAGGCUACAACGAUUUGCUCUUCCUCGUCUUCUACGUCAUCGUAUUCUCCUUCCUACGACAGAGUACGACGUUGUAUAUCUUCAAGCCCUUCGCCAAAUGGUGGGGGAUCAAGAGCGAGAGUAAACAGGCUAGAUUUACCGAGCAAGGCUAUGCUGUUCUGUAUUGGGGAAGUGCUGCUGCAUUGGGGUUGUACGUCAUGAGUUUCCAAGAUUCUUGGUGGUACAAUCUCGAACAUCUUUGGCUCAAGUACCCGCAUUGGCAGAUGAGGAGCGAAUUGAAGCUCUACUACCUUCUCCAAUUCUCCUUUUGGCUCCAACAGGCGCUGGUGAUGCUCUUAAGGCUGGAAAAGCCCAGGAAGGAUUACUACGAACUCAUCGCCCACCAUCUCGUCACGCUCUGGCUCAUCGGUUGGUCCUAUCUCAUCAACCUCACCAUGAUCGGUACUACCGUUUUCGUUUGCAUGGACAUCCCCGAUACCUGGCUCGGCUUUUCCAAAGCUCUCAAUUAUAUGGGACUGGACAACAUCACAGUCGUCAUCUUUGCUAUCUUUAUGGUCAUCUGGACUUAUUUCAGAAUCUACCUUAGUGCAGCAACUCUCCAUUCGGUUUGGUACCAAUUUGAGCUGAUUCCAAGGUAUGCGAGGGAAUGGGAACCGGAGAAGGGUUGGUGGUUGGUUAGUUGGAUGAGAUAUCAGAUCUUUGCGCCCUUGUUUUUGUUGUUGUUGCUGAAUCUGUUUUGGUAUGCGUUGAUGUGGAGGAUUAUGUUCCGGGCGAUCAGGGGGGUCGUGGAGGAUGAGAGGGAGGCGGGGGAGGAUGAGGAGGAAGACGAGAAAAAGAAGGAUCAAUAA